CUCACCUCCACUCACAAGCGGACCUACCGUGCGCUCUAUAAAAGAAAAACCGCAGCCGUUAGGGUUCCUCUCGUCCGCCGGCUUCGCCCCGCAUCUUCCCGCAGGUAAGCACUAAGCAGGUUACCCUGUUGAGAAGCCCCAAUGGCACCUAAAGCGCCUCUGAAGAAGGCUGAUAGCAAGACUCAAGCCUUGAAGGUUGCCAAGGCGGUUAAGUCUGGGUCAACCAAGAGGAAGGCCAAGAAGAUCCGCACAUCCGUGACAUUUCACCGGCCAAAGACUCUCAAGAAGCCGAGAGACCCAAAAUACCCAAGAGUCAGUGCACCAGGGAGGAACAAGCUUGACCAGUACCAAAUCCUCAAGUACCCCCUUACGACUGAAUCUGCGAUGAAGAAGAUUGAAGAUAACAACACCCUUGUCUUCAUCGUCGACCUCAAGGCAGACAAGAAGAUGAUCAAGGCAGCUGUUAAGAAGAUGUAUGACAUCCAGGCGAAGAAAGUCAACACUCUGAUCAGGCCUGAUGGGAAGAAGAAGGCUUACGUGAAGCUUACACCAGACUAUGAUGCUCUUGAUGUGGCCAACAAGAUCGGCAUCAUCUAAAUGUUUGGGGGUUUGGUGUGUCAGUGAGUUGCAAUUUCGAGUUUUGGUGGGCUAGGUCUUAAUGUUUGGACAGAAUCUCAUAGCUAAGCCUAAGUACCCUUUUUCUGCUUGUGAACUAGUACUGACGAUGGAAAUUUGCAAUAUUCGAGUUCUGCAUUUGAA